CAGAGUCUAGGCUCACUUUCCAGUCUUCUAUCUGAAAUUGAAAGACUGGCCUCGACCAGAGAAGUGGACUCCAACCUGCUUUCGAAGGCCCAAAAACAGGUCCUUCUUGAUUCAUUUACUGUCAAGAGAUUCCACCGAAAUUUCAAGGAGAGGGAAAAUGCUCGUGAGCUUGCGUUUGUGCAGCUUGAGGUCAUCCCCUAUAACCAGAAAUACGCCGAAAUGGCUCGCUUGUACAGCGACUUCGAGUCUCUGCAAACGUCGUAUGAAGAGCUAAGAAAAAACACCCAGAUUCCAGCUUUUGACUUCUCCAUUCAGACAAUUGAGCAGUUCGAAAGUGGAGUCCUCCUCAGCAGACUCGAAAAAGACGCCAGCGGCCAGUACCCAAGCAAAGUGCCUGUGAAAAUGCUCUUUUCCUUGGAUGCUGAGUCAAAGUUGCCCCCUCCAUCUUUCUCUGUUUUCAAUCGUCUCGUCAACUUGGAGUACAGGCUCCGCAUGCUUUUGCAAAUCAAGCACGAGGUGCUUCUUCGAGCCAAAGCCCGCUUGACCGCAAAAAACACCCAGUGGGCCUCACGAGACGCCAAACUCAAUCUGUUCUUGACAAGAGAUUUCGGUGCAGUGCACGAGGAAAUCAAGAAAAUCAAGGCCAGCGAACACGAAGAUUUGAAGUACUACGAGGAGGAUUUGGACGAAGAGGGUGAAGAGAACGAAGAGGAUGAAGAAAAUGAAGAAAAUGAAGAGAAUGAAGAAAAUGAAGAGAAUGAAGGAAAUGAAGUGGAUGAAGAAAAUGGAGAAAAUGGAGAAAAUGGAGAAAAUGGAGAAAAUGGAGGAAAUGGAGGAAAUGGAGAGGAUGAAAAUGGAGAGGAUGAAAAUGGAGAGGAUGAAAAUGGAGAGGACGAAAAUGAGAAGGAC